AUCUGCUUGUGGACGACAGGGCAGCUUGUCUGCACGUCUGCACACGUGAGAAACUGACGCUUUGCGAAGAAGGAAUCGGCUGAUUUGGUCAGAGGCACAGUGAGUGACACCACAUCAGUCAGUGAUGCCGCCCGAAUCGGUCAAGGUGCAGCUUGCUGACCUCCCCGGUGAGUCAAGGCACUGGGCGCUGCACCAUGCUCGCAGCGGCCAAACGACAUGCCUGCCUUCAAACGCCUUCUGUUGUCUGUCUGUCUGUCUCUGUGUCAGAGGGGGAGGAGGAUCUGUUGGAGUACCUGAGUGACCGUGAGGAGUGCAUUGAGGACUACGAGGAUGAGGGCGAGAAGGAACACACAUUCCCCAACACCGUCAUGGGUCAGUCAGUGUGUCGCGUCACUCAUUCACACACCCGACACACGCGCAUCAUGUCUGUGUGUGUGUGUGUGUUGCAGUGGGUGGUGCGCCUUGUGUGGGUCCUGAGAAGCAGGAGAAGCUGCAGAAGAUCGUGCUCAAGCUGUUCGAGCGGUUCGGGGAGGUCACCGAGUGCGAAAUGAUCACUGACGACAACAAGCAGGGACUCGGGUCAGCCACACACACACAGAGACAAACAAACAGACAGACAGCCACCGACGCACGCACAGACAAACCGAUGGAUGGAUGGAUGGAUGGAUGGAUGUGUGUGUCUGCCUGUCUGUCUGUGUGUGGCUUGUAUAACAGAUUUUUCUUUGUGACGUACUCAUCGGCCGAUGACGCCAAGCUGGCGUGCGACAACCUCAAUGGCCACGCGCUCGACAGAUCACACACAUUCAAGGUCGGUCGGUCGGUCAGCCAGGAUGGACAGGACACGAGUAGGUGUAUCUCGUCGCUCCAUCCUGUGGUGUCUUGUCUUUUGUUGUGUGGUGUAGGCGGUGAUGCUCGACAACUACGACCAGAUCAUCACUCGCACCGAGGACUACAGACCGCCCCCUUCAGUGCCUUUCUUCGUCAGAGUGAGCCUGCCGACCGACGAAAGAAAGGGCACACAGGCAGGCAGGCCAUGAAAGGUGCAGUGCGCCACUGUUCGUCUGUCUGCCUGUCUGUCUGUCUGUCUGUCAUUCUCCUUCAGGAGCAUCUGUGGUGGUGGCUCAACGACGAGCGUCAGAGGGAGCAGCUGCUGCUCAGAUACGCCGUACGUCACAACACACACACACACGUCUCCCCACCCCCUAGACAUCCUCUGUCUGCUGUCUGUGUGCGUCGGUCGGUCGGACAGGAUGAGACGGAGAUCUACUGGCACGACCCGGUUGAGCGUGCGCCGAUGCUCGUCUACAACGGGUCGCGGGAGCGCGCCAAGGGCAGCAAAGUCUGGACGGAGUUCCGCGCAAUGUGGUCGCCAAGAGGCUCAUACGUCACCACUUUCCACAGACCAGGUAGGUGCCUCCCACACCCACAAUUGGAUGGAUGGAUGGAUGGAUGGCACAUUUUUCUGCCGCCGUCAUAAUACGCUGUCAGGUGUGGCGCUGUGGAUGGGGGAAGGUUUCCGCAAGGCCAUGAAGUACGAGCACAAGGAGGUCAAGCACCUGGAGUUUUCGCCAGACGAGGAGUACAUCAUCUCCUGGGACGGCACCCCUCACGCAGCCAAGUACGACAAGGCCGUCAAGAUAUUCCGCACACAAACCGGCGAAGUGCUGCGCUCAUUCCCGGUGAGGGAGGGAGGGAGGGAGGGAGUCGAGGCAAUGACCUCUCCUCCCAUCCCAGCCAGACUGGCGAAAUGGACGGCAUAUUGUGCUAUCUUGUGCUGCUGUGUGCAGACGCCGAUGGUUGCCCCGAAGGGCGGUGAGUUCCCCCACUUCCUGUGGUCGGCCGACAGCAAGUACUUCGCCAAGUGCAGCGACAAGGACAUUCUCGGUGAGCAAAAUGACCAACGGUUCCGACGCGGAUUGUUCGUCUCUCUGCAAUGUGCCUCUCUCCUCCUUCCUUUGCUGUGCAGUGUACGAGACGGCGACGAUGAAGCCCCUCAUGGUCGAGGGCAAGACCGCACCGCUCAAGUUCCCCGACGGACUCGACAGAUUCGAAUGGUACGGAGCAGAGCGCACAGACACACACACCCACGUCAGUCGCCACACACACAUCUUCCCCCUUCCCCCCCCCCCUCUCCCUCUGCUUGUGUGUGCAGGUCGCCGACCGACCCCGUGCUGUCCAUCUGGACGCCCGAGCGCGGCAACAGCCCCGGCCGUCUGGUGCUGAUCGAGAUUCCGUCCCGUCGCGAGCUGGCCACCAAGAACGUCUUCCAGGUGCGUGACGCGCAGCUGCACUGGCAGAGCAGGGGCGACUACUUCUGCCUCAACGUCACCCGCACCAGCAAGAGCAAAAAGACCGGACACAACCAGCUCGAGAUUUUCAGACUCAGGUACGUGUCAAGCAAAGGAGGGAGGGAGCCGUGGGGAUUUGAUGUGUGGGUUAUUGUGGCUGUGGCUGUGGGUGCAUCCGUGUGUGUGUGUGGUGGACAGGGAGAAGAAUGUGCCGGUGGAGAUGGUGUCGCUGCGCGAGAAUUUGAAACUCUUCCAGUGGGAGAACUCAGGUCAGUUUCUGUGUGUGGUGGGUGGUGGUGGGUGUGUGGAAAGUCCUCUGAUCUUCCUGUCCUGUGUGAUCAUAUCUGUGUCCACAACAGGUAGUCGGUUUGCGGUGCUGCUGCAGGACGAGACGACCCACGCGCAAAUGAUCCGCUUCUACCAGAUGAAGGGCAGGGGCAAAGGCACCUGCGAGGUGCGUCUGACAGACACAAACACUCACCUACACACUCUCCCUACAAUCAGUCAGGUGGCCGGAACACAUAAAGGUGCUUUGCUAUGUGUUUGUGUGUUGGUGCAGAUCAUCACAUCGUUCGACAUCUCGAGUCAGAUCAACCAGGUCUACUGGUCGCCCCUCGGCACCCACUUCGUGCUGGCCUCACUGGGGUCUGACGGCACUCUCUUGUUCGGCAACCUCAGCGCAGACGGCAAACCUGACGUAAGGACGCAGGCGUACAUACAAAUCACAGACAGACAUUGGCGGCAGCGGACGGACAGUAUCCCUGUGCCUGUGUGUCUUGGUGUGUGUGUUCAUUCAGAUUGUGCACAAGGACGAGCAUUUCAUGGUGAAUGAGGUGAUGUGGGACCCCACUGGGCGGUACGUCAUCACUGCCGUGACCGUGCCCAUGGUCUCGGGCGGCGCAUCCGCAUGGAGAUACAACAUGGAAGCCGGGUGGGGUACACACGCUCACUACCAGCACACCAGCACACACACGUCCCUUCAUCUCUCUCUCUCUCUCUCUCUGUGUGUGUGUGUGUGUGUCAGGUUUGCCAUCUGGUCGUUCCAGGGCCGUUUGCAGUACAAGGCGCAGAAGGAGCGGCUGUACCACGUGGCCUGGCGGCCCAGGCCUCCAGCGCUCGUGUCGCCCGAGAAGAUCGACGAAGUCAAGAAAAACCUCAAGGAAUACUCCAAGAAGUAAAUACGAUGACUGACUGACGGCACCAUACCGUGUUGACCACACACGGGCGGGAUGUGGUGUGAUGGAUGCCCUCAUCCAAGCCACAUGUGUGUGUGUGUGUGUGUGUGUCAGCUAUGACCGUAUCGACGAAGAGUUGAAGCGGUCCAAGAGGGAAGAGUUCCAGGGGGCCAGGAAAGAAAAGGUGAGGGACCACAGACCGACCGACCCACCCACCGACGGCCGUCCAUCGCGUCAAUCUGUGUCGGUAUCUGUGUGUGUGUGUGGUGUCACUGAAACAGAUGGACGAGUUCCUCGAGAUGCUCCGAGCCAUGGACGACGCCAGGAAAGACCACGUAAGCACACCAUACAAGACACAGGCAGGCAGACAGACGCCACGGAAGAUACACUAACGCUACACGGCCGCGUGUUCGUGUUGUGUUAUACGGCAGCCGUCUUACGACGACUGGGAGGACGGGUGGGACGAUUUGGAGGACCAGAUCGAGUGGGAGGAGAUCGAGGAGCAGUUCGAAGAGGUAGGCACACACACACAAACACACACACACACACACACAUACGUCUGCCUGAGGCUGACGGGCCACUUGUUCCCUCCCUCUCUCUCUUUCUGUGUGUGUGUGUGUGUGUGUGUGGCGUGUGCAGGAGAUCGAUUCCAAGAUGGAGGUGGUCGCAGACUCAUAAUAAUCGACCCUUUUUCAACGGCGGCGGCGCACAUGUGCGCUGUUGCCCAGCCGUCUGUCCGUGUCGCGAGUAUUCACUGAUGGAGAUGGAGAUGGCGGUCUGUCCGUGCGGUGCGGUGCGGUGUGGUGUGGUGUGGUGCAUGGUUCUCUGUUCCACGCUGAGGACUGUGAGGACAGUGUCUCCUCGGCGUGUCCGUGACGUGGUGGUGCUUUAAGAAAGAUGUUUCUGUCUACAUGACCUAAUGCGAUGCCGUGCCUUGAUUCAAUCACCUGCUCAUCUCA